UCUUUGAUGACGUUUGCAGGGCGUUCCAAAUGAGCGAUUAUUGUCAGCGAAGUCCACUUCAACUGAUAUACCGUGCUCAGGGAGUAGGGAGCAGUAAACACUGCGUAGGGACCCUGUCGAAUGGAAUUCAGCUGUAGUAGCUGAGAGUUAAUUCAACAUGCGACGUCACGAGCGUUACGGAAGCCUUGCGCACUCACACAUGCAUCGUCGCACAACUGGGUCUGGCUAGAGAUCCUUGAGAAGAGACAACGGGUUUCCUUCACAAAUUUAUUUGGUGAGGUUCAAGCCUCAAUACAGAAUGGCAGACACAAAGCGUCUUGCAUUCUCCAUUAUCCAGUUUCUCCAUGAUCAGCUGUCUUCUGGGGGUCUCUCAUCAGAUGCUCAAGAAAGCUUAGAAGUUGCCAUCCAGUGCCUGGAGACAGCAUUUGGCAUCUCUGUAGAGGACCAGAGCUUAGCAGUCAGUCAGUCUCUGCCAGAGUUAUUUGCCUUAGCAACUAAACAGCAGACUGGUGCAACACAAGAUAAUACCAGUUCAUCCAGUGGUUCACCUUCAGAAGAGCAGUUAGCAGAGGCAGAGCAUCUUAAAACAGAUGGCAACAAUCAGAUGAAGGUAGAGAACUUUAGUGCAGCCGUUGAGUUCUAUUCUAAAGCCAUCCAGCUUAAUCCUCAAAAUGCUGUCUACUAUUGCAACAGAGCUGCAGCUUACAGCAAACUGGGGAACUAUGCUGGAGCUGUUCAAGACUGUGAACGUGCCAUUGGAAUCGAUCCAAACUACAGUAAAGCAUAUGGACGGAUGGGGCUUGCUCUUGCAAGUUUGAACAAAUACUCAGAGGCUGUGAGCUACUACCAGAAAGCCCUGGAGCUGGACCCUGACAAUGACACCUAUAAAGUCAACCUGCAAAUAGCAGAACAGAAGAUGAAGGAAACGCAGUCCAGCCCAGCAGGGGCUUUGGGUGGAGUUGACCUGGCUGGUUUGCUGAGUAACCCUGGCUUCAUGAACAUGGCAUCUAAUUUAAUGAACAACCCACAAGUGCAACAACUGAUGUCAGGUAUGAUGUCUGGGGCUUAUGGUCCUGUGGGGGGUGCCACCUCGCCAGGAGCAGCAGCAGCAGCAACAGCAACAGCAACAGCUGGAGCAGGAGGUGGUGGUGACCUCUCCAGCCUCAUACAGGCUGGUCAGCAGUUUGCACAGCAAAUGCAGCAGCAGAACCCUGAGCUUAUCGAGCAGCUGAGGAGUCAAAUGCGCAGUCGACCUCCCAGUAGUGCUGGCAAUGACGAACCCUGACACUCCCCAUGUUUAACUCUUGACCUGGUGGACCUGUGGAAGAUGGGCUACUUUUUUUUUUUAAGAUAUACCUUGUUCCUACAACUCCAGGGACAAGACCAAGUUUAUUCAUCUAUAAAAACUGCAUGUGUUCCCACUGCCCCACAUUGCCCUACCUGUUGGUAGCAGUCAUCAGUGCACAAUGUGCACAUCGUAUUUGGGCACUGGACUCAAAGAAAUGUCUGAUCAAAUGAAAUAUCACACUGGGGUAAUACUAUAUUCCCAAGUAAUAAUUCAUUUUGUGAUUGUAAUGAAUUGCUGCUGCUUGGACAUUAUGCAGUUUGCUGUGUUAACACCUCAGUGAUUCAUCUGUCCAAUGACAAGUCUCUGUCUGAACUGAAAGGGGUUGGCAAGGAACAUGUGCAAUCUCAACAUUGACAAUUAAAUGUCAAAUUUCAAAUAA